GCCCUCAUUGGCAUUUUGUCCCCUUGGCCAUUUCUUGUCAACUGUCUUUUGCGUGCGUUUUUCUUUCUAUUGUCUUUAUUCUCUCUCUUUUGUGUCUAACAUUUCUCUUUCUAUAUUUUUCUUUAAUUUGUUGGAUUUGAAACGUUUUUGACUUUUUUUUGGAUUUUAUUGGAAAAACAUGUCAUUCUUUUUAUUUUCUUUAAAAUUAUUUUUUAAAUUUUUUUAGAAAAAAAUAAAUUCUGUUGAUGCAGUUAAAGCCUCUAGAAUUUUCCGAAUGCCUGACGGAUUCUCCCUUUUUCCGCCAAAAUUUGCAUAAACACGAAAUUGCACUUGAACAAACUUCAAAAAAGAUUAAAGAUGUAGAGCAACAAUGUAGAAAAAUUCUUUCGUAUUCGACAAAACUCAGCUUAGCCCAAAAGCAUUUGGCAGAGACUUUAAGUGACUUCAAAUUGGGAAUGAUUGGAACGAUGUCUGAAGAUGAUAUGGCAAUGGCUAAUUAUACUAAACAACUUGCUAAUGUUAUAAUAAUGAUAGAAGAACAUCGUUCCAAAACAAUUCAAGAGACUGGAGAGCUUUACUUGUCCCCUCUUUUGGCAAUGGUUGAAAAAAUUAAUCGUGCGCGAGAUGGACGUCAAAGAUAUAGCAAAGAAUCAGGAAAAUUUUAUCAAGCAUUGGAAAGAAAUUUAAACCUUAAAGUUACUACAACGUCAAGAAAAUCUGAUUUUACCUCCAUAGAUGCCCAAUUAGCCGUACAACAAAAAAGUUUUUGUCAAGCAUCUUUAAAUUAUGUAACUGAAAUUCAAAAUGUGCAAGAAAAUGUUAGAAUUGAAUUUGUGCAGACUAUUAGCUCUUUUCUUUAUCAAUGGCUCUUAUUUUAUCACAUGGCAAAUGCAAUACAAAAAGAUUUUCAAUAUACUUACAGCGAAAUUAAUGACAAAAUAUUAAAAGCAAAAGAAAACUUUGAAGUACAACAAAUUGAGGCUAAUGAAUUAAAAAAGAAAAUGUUGGUUACUUUUAUGAGACAUUCGGUUUUUCAAUCCGAAACUGAUAAAAGUGGAAAUUCAAAUAUUGGUGAUGAUGGUGAACCCUUAUCUCCCGGUGCUUUGGGUGGAGGUGCUAUAAGUUCUAUUAAACAAGGAUAUUUAUAUAUGCAUGAUCCUAUACGUUUAUUGCCAAAAACUAUAAGUAGAGAUGUCCUUUCUCGUAGCAAUUGGACAAAAUAUUAUUGUGUUUAUUCGAGGGAAACAAAAAUAUUUACUUUUAUUCCAACGACUAAUGUUGUCAAAACGGUGGGUGGUUCUUAA